AUGGCGGCGGCGGGCGGCGCGGCGGGGCUGGCGGCGCUGCUGGGCAGCGCCUCCCCGCACCUCCUGAUCGUCUCCGCCGCCGCCGAGGAGCCCGCGGGCGGCGGCCACCCCGAUACCGACCUCCUGCUCUUCGCCACGCCGCAGCCCGCCCGCCCCGGCGCCGCGCCCAGACGGCCCGCGCUGGGCCGCCCGCCGGUGAAGAGGAAGCUGAACUUGGAGACGGAUCACCAGUACAUAGCGGAGAGUUUGCCAGUGAGCCGGGGCAAGGCCAGGAACCCUGCUAAAGGGGCAAAGUCUCCUGGAGAGAAGUCCCGCUAUGAAACCUCCCUGAACCUCACCACCAAGCGCUUCCUGGAGCUGCUGAGCCAGUCCCCAGAUGGUGUGGUGGACCUCAACUGGGCGGCCGAGGUCCUGAAGGUGCAGAAGAGGCGCAUCUACGACAUCACCAAUGUCCUGGAGGGCAUACAGCUCAUCACCAAGAAGUCCAAGAACCACAUCCAGUGGCUGGGCAGCCAGGCCACGGUGGGAGCGCCAGGCCGGCACCGGCUGCUGGAGAAGGAGCUGCGGGAGCUGCAGGCGGCCGAGCGGCAGCUGGAUGACCUCAUCCAGAUGUGCACGGUGCAGCUGCGCCUGCUCACCGAGGACCCCGCCAACCAGCACGCAGCCUAUGUGACCUGCCAGGACCUCCGGAGCAUUGUGGACCCCGCGGAGCAAAUGGUGAUGGUUAUCAAAGCCCCCCCAGAGACCCAGCUGCAGGUCUCAGACCCAGCAGAGGCGUUCCAGGUCUCCGUGCGAAGCACUCAGGGCCCCAUCGAUGUGUUCCUCUGCCCCGAGGACAGCUCGGGGGUCUGCAGCCCCGUCAAGAGCCCCUUCAAAGCCCCUGCAGAGGACUCUUCUCCCAGCCAUUCACAGCCCAGAGCCUCCCUGCUCCUGCAUCCUGCCCAGGAUGUGAACAUGCCGCUGCUGCCUGGAGAGCAAGAAGCGCUGCUGCCAGGACCAAGCGUGCUACCCAGCAAGAGCCCGGAGGAAGAGGUGAGCCUGUCCCCACUGGCCUCCAUGGACAUCCUGCUGGAGCAGAGCAGGGAGGACUUGGCGGGCUUCUUGGCCGAUGAGUUCAUCAACCUGUCGCCGCCGCAGGCGCAGGACUAUCACUUUGGCCUGGAGGAGGGCGAGGGCAUCAGCGAGCUCUUUGACUGCAACUUUGGGGACUUCACCCCCUUGGACUUCUGAAGCUGUGCCUGCCCGGGUGCUUGGGGGAGCUGCCAGGGGAGGGGGCAGCCCUGGCAGGGCAGGGCAGCUCCUCUGGCUCCAGCGCCCGCUGUUCUCCCCCAUCCCUUUUUGCAAUAUUUUCUCAUUAUCCCUCCAGCCCGGCGGGGGCCAGUGGCAUCCCCAGCUCCAGCCCCACAAGGAGGAUGCCAGGGUGGGGUUCCCAUCUCAGGGGAACCCCUCUCCCAAUAGGGCCCUGAUCGGGGGCAACUGCCCAGGGCAGAGCCACUGCCCCCUGGGAGCCCAUUCCAGAGCUUUAAGCAGUCCUGUGUAUAGAUUACUGAUUUGAUUAAUUUAUUAUUGUCCCCUGGGGACAGCGUUUCAUUUCCAUGGGGGUUUGGGGGGGCUGUA